AUGAGUGUGGAAGAGAACAUAGGAGGCCCUUGUGACAGUAUGCACAAGGAAAUAAAGAACAACAACAAGCAGCCUUUCCUCUAUCCUGAUGGAGAUGCCAAUGCUAACCAAAUCCCCAUGGAGGAAAGCCACACUGAGAGAGGCAGUUUAAUACCUCCCCUGUUGUCACACAGCAGUACUCAGGAAAGGAUUAUUAUUUGGGGCACACAUGCCCGCAGUGAGGACCCAGAACUGGAAGAGUUUGAAUUAUUAGAGUGUCAAGAGAUGGAAGCUUUUCUAACAGAGCGAGAAGAGAAAGAUGACGAUACAAGCAAAGAGAGAGCAAAGAAAGACUUUUGUCAGACACAGUCUGCUCUCACAUGUUUGGACCCUGCUAGCAACACAGACAAGACAGACCAAAAUGCCAACCACAGUGAAGAUAUUGAUGUAGAUCAAAACACACAGCCUCUGGACCUCAGGACGUCUGCCUCUCGGUCUGGAGGAAGGAGGAGCCUGAGAGAGACACGUAGUAACUCAGAGAGCAAUGUUUUUGUCUCCACUUUCUCAACAGUGAGCAACCUCAGUGGAAGCUUGGCUAGUGCUCUUGACAGUGCAGGACAUACACAAUUUCCUUCUUCCCUACCCUGCAAGCCUACCUCAGAAAAGUGCCAGUUCCAGCAGACAGUUACAAAUAAAUCCCUUAUCCUUUCCAUGCAAAGCAAAGAGCAUCCCAGAAAGAGGGAUCAGAAUCAUAGUUCUACAGUACUGCCUCAGGAUCCAACACAUGAGCGUAGCUUGAGCACUGAAAAUGGUGACUGUCUGACAGACAGGCAAUGCUGGAGUACAGACAAAGGCUACAACAGACAGGAGAAUGUUCUGUCUUCCAAAUUCCAGAGAAACUUUGAAAGAGUGCCACCUUCUUGCAGGCAGCUUGUACGUCCACUUUCUCCAGGAAUGGAGCCAAAGCUAACCUCAGGACACUUUGCACAUAAAGACGCCCCUCGAGGAGAGCGGCCUUCCCUCUCUUCAGACAGAGGUCCUAAAAACAGCAACCAUCAAUCUGAUCUAAAGGAUCCAGUGCAGAUUAAUAGUAAUACCCAAUCUCUUAGCUCAGGCUUAGGGAUCCAACCCAGCCAGACAUCUACCAAGGUGGGAUCCAUCCUCCGAAGGCAGGGUUCAGUUGAGAAUGCUGCCAGUCAAAAUGCUGCCCUGGACAAGAAGAGCCAUUUGAGCCACAGAGCCUACAGCAGCCCUACCAGGCCUUCAACGCCCCCAUCUCCUAAGACUCCGGGGUCUCCUCAGAGACGUCCUCCAAUGUCUCCUGGGAGAAGCCGAGGGCCUGCUCGAGGCCCGCAGCUGGGUUAUGGUGCUUCUCAAGGGUAUGGCUUUGGGCUGAGACCUCCAGUCAAAACCACCAUCAACACGAAUGUCCAAAACUCUGUACCCCAACAAAGCUCGAGUGUAACAUCAUCUCCACCCAAGUGCCCCCUAAAGCCAAAAAGUGUUCGCCCUAAAAUUAUUACCUAUAUACGCAAGAACCCACAGAUGAAGGCUCAGGCCACUGAUAGCCCAUAUGAAGUCUCCUCACUACCCACCAAGCUCUCAACCUCCACUAGUUCUCCAAAUCCCAAAACACAAGGAGAAGAGCCACCUGGAGCACCAGUGCUGAGUGCUUCUAACCUGCUAUAUGACAAAUAUAGGCAAGACCUGCAGAAAGCUCGAUAUAUAUCUCCUGACUCAAAUGUGUCCGGGACAAAGCCUUCCAGCCACACUAUGCCCCACAAAGCCAUGGGGAGGACGAACAACCUCUGUGGCUCUCUAGGAAACAAAUACUUGCCUGCAACGGUAAGAGACUUCCACAUCAACAAUCCAAUUUCCUCUGGAGCCAAGGAUCUAUCAGAAUCACAGACAGUAACUCAAGAAACAGGGGGGAUUUUACAACCUCCUCGAACCUUGAGACCCCAGCUUGGUGUGGGUGCUGUCAGCAAGUCUCCGUCCUCUGUUGCUGCUAAGAGCAGGGUCUUCACACCACAGAAGUCACCUCUAGCUCUCAGUCAACCUGUGCAGGCAGUGACCCCAUCAGUGACUGCACAAACCACCUCAUUAGUGACCCCAUCCACUCAAAGCCCACCUGAGUCUUCAGACCAGUGGAAGCCACCUUCAACAGGACUGGCUGUUAAAUCACUUUUGCCCAAGCCAGCUCCAUCAGGCUUGCGUCCUCCAGGCUACUCCCGCCUCCCCGCAUCACGCCUUGCUGCCUUUGGCUUCGUCCGCAGCUCCAGUGUGUCUUCUGUCUCCAGCAACCAUUCCACUGACAGCACACGAAGUGAUCCGUGCAGACCAGCACAUCGUCCUGGUAGUGUGAGCGAUGACCCACCUUUCCACAGGGUGAUUACAACUUCAUGUGGAGAGGGCCAGAGGCUGGCAUGCCGCAGCAGCCCACAGCCUCCCAGCACUCCUGUACCCACCCGCCGCCCACUGCUGCCUCCUCCACCAGGGUCCCCAGUCGGCUCUCGCAAAGACUUUCAGAAGACACCUGAAGGCUCUCAUUCAGCGCUCUCGUCUCCAAAGCGUCUGGCUGUUGUUUCACCCAAACCUCAGUCACCAGUCCUGCAGAGACAGAGGGCAGCAGCAGCACGGGUCCCUGGAGUUCCUGGGGGCUCGGGUGUGCCAGUUACAGGACGCAGCAUUUCCCCAGGCUCCGAAAAGAAAAAAGAAGAGGCACAGAGGAAGGAAAAAGAGCGAGAGGAGCAGGAGAAGCGAGACGAAGAGGUGCUGCGGCUGCAGGCUCAAUGCAAGGAGCAGAACGGACAGCUGCUGGCUCUCCGGGCUGAGCUGAAGAAAACCGUGCUGAGUCUGGAUGUCUUAGUCAUCUGCAGCCAACACUUCUGUAUGAAGAGUGAAAAUGCUGAGCAGAAAGCGAAGGAGUUGUCUCUGGAGCUCAUCCAGAUUCAGGAGGAAGUGGCCUGCACCGCUGCACGAUGGAAGCUGCUACAACAGGAAAAGGCUGCGCUGGAGCAGAGUUUCGAGCUGCAGCUGAAAGAGCUCCAGGAGCAGCAGGAGGCUGAGCUUGCUACUCUGGAGGAAGAGCUCAGAACACGGCACGCCUUCGAUACAGACCACCUGAGAGCUGAGCACCAGUCACAUGUAGAGGAACUGCGAACCCAGCAACAGGAGCAGAUUGAAGAGUUAACAGCUCAACAUGAGUCAGCUUUGGAAGACCUGAGAACCAUGCACAACAUGACCAUGGCAAGUCUGCAGGAGGAACAUGCUAGGACCAUGAGAGACCUGAGGAAAGCCCAUGAAAAACAGAAAGCUACUUUAGAGAAUGAUUUUGAAAAGUAUAAACUUUCCCUUCAGGAUCAGGUUGACAUGCUGACUUUUCAGAACCGAGCCUUACAAGACAAAGCCAAACGCUUUGAAGAGGCACUGAGGAAAAGUGCAGAUGAGCAGAUAUUGGAUGCUCUUGCCCCAUAUCAGUACAUUGAGCAAGACCUGAAGAGCCUGAAGGAAGUUCUGGAGAUGAAGAACCAGCAGAUACAUGACCAGGAGAGGAAAAUCUGCCACCUGGAAAAAGUGCAGGCCCAAAAGAACAUAUAUCUGGAGGAGAAGGUGCAGGUUCUACAACAGCAGAACGAGGACCUGAAGGCCCGCAUCGACCGCAAUGCUGCUCUGUCCAGGCAGCUUUCGGAGGAGAAUGCUAACCUGCAGGAGCACGUGGAGAGGGAGUCCAGUGAGAAGAAGCGUCUGAGCCGUAACAACGAAGAGCUGCUGUGGCUUCUGCAGACGAGUCCCCAUCUCUCUCCUUCGUCCUCCCCCAGCCACAGGGUAUUCUUCCCGGGGUUUGAUAAUCCCCCCUGCCCUGGCUCUCCCAGCCCUGGAACUCCAACACACUCGUAUUCUCCCGGACCCUGCACACCUGCACAUAAAAUGGGCUCUCCCGGCCCGGGUACUCCGACUCACAGAGCCUCACCAGCAGCCAGGAGCUCCCCAGCACGAGUCCCCAAUGCCAACACACUACCCAGAUAA